CCGACGUCGUCGCUGUCGAUAAACCGGCAACAUCAUAUUACCAGAUUACCAGCAGAAGGAAUCAUUAAAUCAAAACAAAACUUGAACACCAUAAGCACACCCGCCUGAUCACCCACCAUCCAACAUGAUCUCUCCGUCACCAUCUCUCGCUUCUCAAUGCCGCCUCGACCCCAUCAACCUCACCGACCCCGAUCAAUUCCACGAACUCCACCGCCAACGCCUCCUCUGCGGCUGGGACCACUCCCCCUCGACCCUCGAACAAUGGUCCCUCAAGCAAUCUGAAGGCCUCAAGAACUUCUUCUGGAUCACCAUCCCCUCCCCCAACCCCAACCAAAACCCUACCACCUCAAUAAUCCGCGCCGGGCACAUCUCCCUCGACGCCUACAGCGACCCGCCAGACCCCGAACUCUCGCGAGAGGAUAAAUCAAUCCUCGCCGUGCAGACCUUCUUCGUCCUCCCUGAGUACCAGUCUCUGAGGCUGGGUUCGCGCGCAAUGGACCUGAUCGAGGAAAUUGCUGCGAGUGAGCCGAAGUGUCGGGUGAUUGCGUUGACGGCGCUGAGUAAGCGGUAUAUGUAUGAGGAGGGGCUGCAGGGGAGGGGCCUUUGGGAGAGGAUUGGGAUGGAGAUGCCCAGGGGGAGUAUUCAGGAGUGGUAUGAGAAGAGAGGGUAUGUGGGGUGGAAGGAGGAGGAGAGGUAUGAGGAGAGUUUGAAGGAUGGGGGGACGGUGUGGUUGUGGGAGGUUUUUAUGCGGAAGGUGUUGCGGUGAUGUUUUCUUGUAUUAGUAGUACUGGAGGUUUAGGUGGGGUCGAGACAUAUGUCAAGGGAUGAGGUUAUGUAUGGAGUAGUGGGGGUGGAGGUGUAUGUAGAAAAGGAUCUAGAAUAGAAAGAGAAAUUAUCUGGAAAUUGGUUCAUAGUGAGAGGGAAUACAUACUCCGGAGUAAAC